CUGACGUACUUUACGGCAUCUCGCCUAUUCAGCAAGCCUACUUUCGUUGAGCGUUGCGCUUUAGAUUUAUCGUCUUUCUCUGUCCGGUCACGUUUUUAUAAGUCGUGACAGAUACCAGGUCCUUCUCACUGUCCCAGAAACAGAGACGAAUCGACAGAGUAGAGAAAAUUCCGCUUAUCGAGUGUCGAAGGGACGCGCACCUGUAAUUGCGAAACCUCCGAGGGCACUUAAACGCGUCAUUCCCGUCACCUCCGCGUCCUGCUGCUGAAACAGACUUGAACAGAGCACCGGACACUCAGGGCUGGUGGGGGGGGGGGCUACUGCUGGACAGGCUGGGAACUAGCUGUGCACCUCUCCUUUGACUUUCACGAAUACAUUUCAUCCAGAUGACUGUGACACAAGACCGGCCGAUGACUUAUGCGAAAAUGAGAGGGCUUGUGUCAUUUUUCUCAGCUCUGCUCAAAGGGAAGAAAGGCGGCUUCAGUGACUUCAUUCACAAGUUGGUUUCUAGUCAGCAGCUUUGCCAACACCCAAACACUCAAAAAAUCCUUCGUCGACAGAGCAGACUCCGAAGAGAGGAGAAGAAGAGUACCACGAGCUCAGCAAACCCUGAAACAUCUCAAAUGAAACCCUCAGACUUUGACUACCUCAAAGUUAUUGGCAAAGGGAGUUUUGGAAAGGUGUUGCUGGCGAGGCAUAGAAAACAUGGAGGCUACUACGCUGUGAAGGUUCUGCAGAAACAAAUGAUUGUCAAAAGGAAAGAGCAGAGACAUGUGAUGGCUGAAAGGAGUGUACUGGUGAAGGGGCUGCAGCAUCCAUUCCUGGUGGGACUCCAUUUCUCUUUCCAGACACCGAACACUCUUUACUUCGUCUUGGAUUACGUUAAUGGAGGGGAGCUUUUCUACCACCUUCAGAGAGAGGGAUCAUUUCCAGAGCCCAGAUCUUCUUUUUAUGCUGGAGAGAUGGCCAUGGCUCUUGGCUACCUUCACUCUCUUAACAUCGUCUACAGAGACCUCAAACCAGAAAACAUCUUGCUGGACAGUGAAGGUCAUGUGAUGCUGACUGACUUCGGGCUUUGUAAAGAAGGUGUGGCCAUAGGUGGGAUCAUGCACACAUUCUGUGGCACCCCUGAAUACCUGGCUCCAGAAGUGCUCCAGGGCCAUCCGUACAGUCCAGCUGUGGACUGGUGGGGCCUCGGUAGUGUGCUUUUUGAGAUGCUUUACGGACUGCCUCCAUUUUACAGCCGAAACAAAGAAGAGAUGUUUGAGAAGAUCCUUUACGCUCCUUUGCAGUUGCGUAGUGGGGUGUCCCAGGCGGCGUGCUCACUGUUGGAGGGACUGUUGGAGCGGGACGUCAACAAGCGUUUAGGAGGGAGCCUAGACAUUAUGGAGCUGCAGGAACAUCCUUUUUUUACAUCCAUCAACUGGGAUGACCUCCUGGCAAGGAAAGUUAAACCUCCCUUCAUCCCAAAAGUGACUGGCCCAUGUGAUGUCCAUUACAUUGACCCUGAAUUCACACAACUACCUGUUCCUGCCUCUGUGGGUAUGAAUGAGAGGGGCCACACAGGCGGAGCUAGCGAAGCUUUCCUGGGGUUUUCCUACAUGAACCCAGUGGAGUAUGUAGCCGCAGAGCCAGUUUCAUAACACUGUCAAAUCCUCUGGGAGCAUGAUUGUUCAAAUAUUUACUUUUAUGUCAUAAAUUAUUAAAUUAGAGUCUAUUUUUAAGGAAAAAGGAAACACUGAAACUGUACAAAUCAGUGUGUGAUGAUAUUUUAUAUGAUAUAUAUUUUAUAAAGGAAUGUUUUAAAAUUAUUACUGUUACAUGAACACAAUUGCUUUAAAAUGGCCAGUUUACAAUAUGGAAGAGGCUGGAAACUAUUUCACAGGUAAUGUAUCUGGAUAUGGAACAAUAAACAGUCCUUUUGUAGGUUUUUUUUUUUUUUUUUUUUACUGUUUUACACUUCACAUUUGUAUCUUUAAAAUAAACAAAAAAUACAUGA